CUCGGACCCGAGGCAGCCCGCGCUGUCGCUGCGGACGAGUGUCCCGGGGCGCCGCCUCCCCCCGCGCCGCCCGUCGGGCAUGGACUCGGGCCGGGACUUCCUGACCCUGCACGAAUUCUAUUCGCAUUUGGAACCUUGGAGAUUAUCCCACUCAGGUAGCGAAACUCUCUGAGAAGGAAACGGGGCUGCCUGAGGUUUCCAUGUGAGGCAACAGCCCGCUGAGUCACAAUGGAUUCGUUGAGUAACUUAGACUCUGCAGCCUAGGCCGCCGCCCGGCUGGGCUUCCCUCCAGGAUCAAUCUCCUCCAGCCCUGCGGUCCUCCGCCAGGCCUCCAGCUGAGGGUUUAGAAUUCGCCGCUCAGGCUCCGCCCCCGGUAGGACUCCGCCCCCCACACUGCAGCCACAGCAGAGGUUCCGCCCUCCCUGCCCGAAAACGGCCUUUGCGGUGAGGGACCCUCCCCCGGUUUGUCCCCUGGACCCUGGCUCCGCCCCCGGUCGUCUUCCUGGGUGACUGCCCCACGUCGCCUCCCAGACCCGGCUCCUCCCGCUCGCCACCUCUUUGGCUAUGGCUCCGCCCCAAUCCUCUUUCUGGGCUCUGACUGUCGCCACUGAUCUGCUUCCUGGGUUAUGGAUUUGUCCCGCUCCGCCUCCCAGCCCCGGCUCCUCCUCCUCCCCUCCUGGCCUUGAUUCCCCUCUCGCCGCAACUCCUGGGGGCAUCGGUCCUGUCCCUCUGGAACUGGCCCCGCCCCUCAACACGGAUUUCUGUAUCGCCCCGCCUCUAGAGCCAAGGCCCCACCCCCACUGGUUAUGGCCCCGCCCAUCUAUUCCAGGUCUCCUUCCCUGCUCCCCUCCAAGAAGGCGGUUCCGCUCCUAGGGCCAGGGCCGCCUUCUAGACGCCACACUGUCCUGGGCCAGGCUCAGCGGGCGGCUGGGACACUUCGGAACCUCAUGCAGUGCCUGGGGGUCAGGCGCCGAAGUCGGAGCCAGAGGCGCUCCAGAGAGCUCUACCUGCAGGAACAGAGCCUCAAGGUGGCAGCUCUCAAUGGGCAGAGGCUGGGCCUACAGAAUGACAAGGACCUCCAGGCACUGCUGAAGGGUAGCCAACUCCUGAAGGUGAAGUCCAACUCAUGGCGGAGAGAACGCUUCUACAAGCUGCAGGAGGACUGCAAGACCAUCUGGCAGGAGUCCCGCAAGGUCAUGAGGACCCCGGAGUCCCAGCUGUUCUCCAUCGAGGACAUUCAGGAGGUGCGGAUGGGGCACCGCACAGAGGGCCUGGAGAAGUUUGCCCGGGACGUGCCCGAGGACCGCUGUUUCUCCAUCAUCUUCAAGGACCAGCGCAACACUCUAGACCUCAUCGCUCCAUCACCCGCUGACGCCCAGCACUGGGUGGAGGGCCUGCGCAAGAUCAUCCACCACUCGGGCUCCAUGGACCAGAGCCAGAAGCUGCGGCACUGGAUUCAUUCCUGCUUGCGAAAAGCUGACAAAAACAAAGACAACAAGAUGAGCUUCAAGGAGCUGCAAAACUUCCUGAAGGAACUCAACAUCCAGGUGGACGACAGCUAUGCCCGAAAGAUCUUCAGGGAAUGUGACCACUCUCAGACAGAAUCCCUGGAGGACGGGGAGAUAGAGACCUUCUACAAGAUACUGACCCAGAGGAAGGAGAUCGACCGCACCUUCGAGGAGGCCGCGGGCUCGGGGGAGACCCUGUCGGUGGAUCAGUUAGUGACCUUCCUGCAGCACCAGCAGCGGGAGGAGGCAGCGGGGCCUGCACUGGCCCUCUCCCUAAUUGAGCGCUACGAGCCCAGCGAGACGGCCAAGGCGCAGCGGCAGAUGACCAAGGACGGCUUCCUCAUGUACCUGCUCUCGGCCGACGGCAGCGCCUUCAACCUGGCUCACCGGCGGGUCUACCAGGACAUGGAGCAGCCGCUCAGCCACUACUUGGUGUCAUCUUCUCACAACACCUACCUGCUGGAAGACCAGCUCACCGGGCCCAGCAGCACCGAAGCCUACAUCCGGGCGCUGUGCAAAGGCUGCCGCUGCCUGGAGCUCGACUGCUGGGAUGGGCCCAACCAGGAACCGGUCAUCUAUCACGGCUACACCUUCACCUCCAAGAUCCUCUUCUGCGACGUGCUCAGGGCCAUCCGGGACUACGCCUUCAAGGCGUCCCCCUACCCCGUCAUCCUGUCCCUGGAGAACCACUGCAGCCUGGAGCAGCAGCGCGUGAUGGCGCGACACCUGCAUGCUCUCCUGGGCCCCAUGCUGUUGGAUCGGCCAUUGGACGGGGUCACCACCAGCUUGCCUUCCCCUGAGCAACUGAAGGGGAAGAUCUUGCUGAAGGGGAAGAAGCUUGGGGGGCUUUUCCUCCCCGGAGGGGAAGGCAGCCCUGAGGCCAUUGUGGUGUCAGACGAGGAUGAGGCUGCUGAGAUGGAGGAUGAGGCAGUGAGGAGCCAAGUGCAGCACAAGUCCACGGAGGACAAGCUCAGGCUAGCGAAGGAGCUCUCUGAUAUGGUCAUUUACUGCAAGAGCGUCCACUUUCGGGGCUUCCCCAGCCCUGGCACCCCGGGGCAGGCUUUCUAUGAGAUGGCAUCCUUCUCUGAGAACCGUGCCCUCCGAAUGCUCCAAGAAUCAGGAAACAGCUUUGUCCGCCACAACGUGAGUCACCUGAGCAGGAUCUACCCCGCUGGAUGGAGAACAGACUCCUCCAACUACAGCCCUGUGGAGAUGUGGAACGGGGGCUGCCAGAUCGUGGCCCUGAACUUCCAGACACCUGGGCCAGAGAUGGACGUGUACCAGGGCCGCUUCCAGGACAAUGGGGCCUGUGGGUACGUGCUGAAGCCUGCCUUCCUGCGAGACCCUGACUCCACCUUCAACUCCCGUGCCCUGGCUCAGGGGCCUUGGUGGGCUGAGAAGCGGCUCAAUGUCAGGGUCAUCUCAGGGCAGCAGCUGCCAAAAGUCAACAAGAAUAAGAAUUCAAUUGUGGACCCCAAGGUGACAGUGGAGAUCCACGGCGUGGGCCGGGACAUGGCCAGCCGCCAGACCGCUGUGGUCACCAAUAACGGUUUCAACCCAUGGUGGGACACGGAGUUUGAGUUUGAGGUGGUUGUGCCGGAGCUGGCCCUGGUGCGCUUUGUGGUGGAGGACUACGACGCCUCCUCCAAGAACGACUUCAUUGGCCAGAGCACCAUCCCCUUGACCAGUCUCAAGCAGGGAUACCGCCAUGUCCACCUCUUGUCCAAGAACGGAGACCAGCACCCAUCUGCCACGCUCUUUGUGAAGGUGGCCCUCCAGGACUAGGCUCGGGGAGUCUGGUGAGGGCUGCCCUGAGCAGACCAGGCCCUCUGUCCACGUCUGGGGCAGGACAGGGGCUGCUCCCAACCUCUCACUCAGAGCUGGCAGCCCCACACUGCCUUCAGCUCCAACCUGCUGUCUGUGCUGCUGCCUCCUGGGAGCCCGGGAGCUGACCCAGUCCCUGGAGCUGUCCUCAAUUCCGUUAGGAACGACACUACAGCCCUCUCCAUCCUCCAGCUGGGCCCUAGGUUGAGGGUUUUUAUAAAAACCGUAAGACUGA